AAAAAUAAUAAUAUAACAAUUAAAAAUAAUUUUUUAACUUUUUAACUUAAAUAUUUAAUUCACAAACGAGCCUCAGUCUCUCUCUCUCUCUCUCAAGCUCUUCUUUUUCCAACAAUCAACAGAAAAACCCUAACAGGUUAGUAUGUACAUCUGAUGGAUAAUUACAAUCCUUACAAUACUGGCUAUGGCUAUGGAUACCCUCAGGUUCCACCACCAUACCCAUCUCCCAAUUCUGCUCCAUACCCACCUUCUGCUAAUCCCCCUCUUCCUUCCCCAUACUACAAUGCUUCUCAGUCUGGCCCUCAUACCUAUCCAUACCCACCACCAGGUCCUCCACCUCCAAGUUCCCAUCCAGGGCCCUUAGAAUAUCCCUACCAUCCACAAUCAAAUUCUGGCCCGCUUCCUUAUCCAUCCUACAACAAUUUUCUAGUCCCUCCAGUAGCCAACCCCCCUCCUCAGACAAACUUUCAACACCAAGGUAGUUUCCAAUAUGGCUCAUCUCAUUACCAUCAUCAAUCCUCCGGCCACUUUUCCUAUCCAGCAUCAGAUAGCUACUCUGGUGAUCCAUCCCGGCCCAAUAGUUUCUCCGGUCUUCACCGCCAGGAUAGCACAUCGUCCGCGGAAUCUGGGUCUACAAUGAAUCAUGAUCAUGCCAGUGGUCAUACCCCCAAUUACCCUCCACUUUACCCACCUAUAGAUGAUCUUUUAACUAAUUUCCAUAUAUCCGAUAAUACCACUUCUGUCCCGGCAUCACCUCCAGCACCUGCAGCACCAUCGGCACCAAGUUAUGGUCCAACAUUGCAUAAUCUAAGUGCGAGGUAUGAUACCCAAGGGACCAUAUAUGGGUAUCCCAAUACGUCAUUUUCGAGUAGUUCGGAUGCUUCUCAUUCAGGGCCGCUUGAUUCCCCCGCUCAUCCUGAAUCCUAUUGGAACUCAUUUAUUGAUUCCCCACGUAAUCAGAGUUUGCAGAUUCAGCCAUUUUCAACAUCCAAGGGGUCUUUGAAAGUUUUGCUCUUACAUGGGGACUUAGAUAUUUUGGUCGACAAGGCUGAAAACCUUCCAAACAUGGAUAUGUUUCAUAAAACUUUAGGAGAUAUGAUUAGCAAAUUACCGGUGAACAUGAGCAACAAGAUUGAAGGGAGCAUGAAUCAUAUGAUCACUAGUGAUCCAUAUGUCUCCAUUUCAGUGACAAGUGCUGUGAUUGGGAGGACUUAUGUGAUUAGUAAUGAAGAAAAUCCUGUUUGGAAGCAACGGUUUUAUGUUCCCGUCGCACAUUAUGCUGCUGAAUUGCACUUUCUUGUUAAGGACAAUGAUGUUGUAGGAUCCCAGCUUAUGGGAGUUGUGGCAAUUCCAGUGGAACAUAUAUACUCGGGGGAAAAAGUUCAGAGAUCGUAUCCAAUCCUCAAUAAUAGUGGGAAGCCCUGCAAGCCUGGUGCUGUUUUGAGUCUCUCAAUUCAGUACAGACCAAUAGAGAGAUUGAGCAUUUAUCAUCAUGGAGUCGGAGCUGGUCCUGAUUAUGUUGGGGUUCCUGGGACAUACUUUCCCCUUAGGAGAGGUGGGACAGUUACUCUAUAUCAAGAUGCUCAUGUACCCGAUGGUUACCUUCCUAUUUUGAAGCUUGACCGUGGGAUGCAAUAUGUGCAUGGGAAGUGCUGGCGUGACAUCUUUGAUGCAAUACGCCAAGCACGGCGUUUGAUUUAUAUUACUGGUUGGGCAGUAUGGCACAAAGUGAAACUGGUUCGGGACAGUGAUUAUGCAUCAAGUGGCACUCUGGGGGAUCUUCUAAAGUCAAAGUCACAAGAAGGGGUGAGAGUGCUGCUGCUUGUGUGGGAUGACCCUACUUCAAGGAGUAUCCUGGGCUACAAAACAGAUGGAAUCAUGCAAACACAUGACGAAGAAACUCGCCGAUUUUUCAAGCAGUCUUCAGUGCAAGUGCUGCUUUGUCCCCGCAUAGCAGGAAAGAAGCAUAGCUGGAUCAAGCAAAGAGAAGUUGAAACAAUCUAUACACACCAUCAGAAGACUGUGAUUGUGGAUGCUGAUGCUGGCGAUAAUAGAAGAAGAAUUAUAGCUUUUCUUGGGGGACUGGAUUUAUGUGAUGGUCGAUAUGAUACUCCACAACAUCCCCUAUUUAGGACUCUACAAACUGUGCAUAAAGAUGACUAUCAUAACCCUACCUACACGGGGAAUGUUGAUGGUUGUCCAAGAGAACCAUGGCAUGACUUGCAUUGUAAAAUUGAUGGUCCGGCAGCUUAUGAUGUUCUAGCAAACUUUGAGGAGCGCUGGUUGAAGGCUUCUAAACCCCACGGCAUUAAAAAACUGAAGAUGUCUUAUGAUGAUUCUUUACUCAGAAUAGAAAGGAUGCCUGACAUAAUUGGGGUGUUUGAUGCUCCUUGCCUAAAUGAAAAUGAUCCUGAGGCUUGGCAUGUUCAGAUUUUUCGUUCUAUUGAUUCAAAUUCUGUUAGGGGUUUUCCUAAGGAUCCAAAGGAAGCGAUUAGCAAGAACCUGAUGUGCGGGAAGAAUGUACUUAUCGAUAUGAGCAUACAUACAGCAUAUGUAAAGGCUAUUCGUGCUGCUCAGCAUUUCAUCUAUAUUGAAAAUCAAUAUUUCAUAGGGUCUUCAUACAAUUGGAGCUCCCAUAAAGACAUAGGUGCAAACAAUUUGAUUCCCAUGGAAAUUGCCCUUAAAAUUGCUGAGAAAAUCAGAGCACGUGAGAGGUUUGCAGCUUAUAUUGUUAUUCCGAUGUGGCCAGAAGGCAAUCCAACAGGUGCUGCUACACAAAGGAUUUUAUUUUGGCAGAACAAAACAAUGCAAAUGAUGUAUGAGAUCAUUUACAAGGCUUUAGUGGAGCUUGGGCUUGAGAAUGAAUACACCCCACAAGACUAUUUGAACUUCUUUUGUCUUGGCAACCGUGAAGUUGCAAGCAGUGACAGUUUAAGCACAGACCGUUCUGCUGCAGCAAACAGUCCUCAGGCACUGAGCCGGAAAAGCCAAAGAUUCAUGAUUUAUGUUCAUUCAAAAGGCAUGAUAGUGGACGACGAGUAUGUAAUUAUAGGGUCUGCAAACAUCAAUCAGCGUUCAAUGGAGGGCUCCAGAGACACUGAGAUUGCAAUGGGAGCCUACCAACCUCAUCAUACUUGGGCAAGAAAACUAUCCAAUCCACACAGACAGAUCUAUGGAUAUAGAAUGGCGUUAUGGGCAGAGCAUACUGGAGUCAUUGAGGACUGCUUUACAAAACCUGAGUCUAUUGAAUGUGUGAGAAGGGUUAGGUCAAUAGGUGAGAUGAACUGGAAACAGUUUGCAGCUGAUGAGGUGACAGAGAUGAGGGGACACCUCCUGAAGUACCCGGUUGAAGUUAAUCCAAAGGGCAAGGUUAAGCCCCUUCCUGGAUGUGAAAAUUUCCCGGAUGUCGGUGGACGUAUAGUUGGAUCAUUCCUUGCCAUUCAGGAGAACUUAACCAUAUAAUCAACUGGUAAGUUCUUUUUUUUUUUGUUGUAAACUAAAGUGAGGUCCAUACACCUUAUGGGUUAGAUACUAAACUAAAGUGUCGAUUUGUGACAUAAUGUAACUUAUUGUUGUUUAUAACACAAAUAAAAUUAGUGAAUUACUAAUCUGUUCUUAUUGUGUUUUUAUUCAA